AUGGAAGAUUACUAUUUAUUUUUGACUAUACUAAAACAAAAACAUUUAUUAAAAAAAAUAUCAUGUAAUUUUUCAUGGCAACUUCUUAGUAAUUUAAGUAAGGCAUGUCCAAAAAUUUCAGAAGCUAUUAAUAAUGCCAAAAAAAAAGCAACUAUCCAUUUUCCAAAUGAAUUGUUUAUUGCUUGUACAUUAGAUACAGACCAUAAUGGAACAGAAAUUAAAAUGGAGCAUAAUUAUUCUUGUAAAUCAUUUGAUUUUCAAAAUAUAAGUCAAUCUUUUCUUGAUAUUUUUUUAAUAACUGAACCACCACAACCUUAUGCUAUUAAAAAAUUUGGAAUUAUGGUAAAUAAUAGUUUAAAUGAAAUUCCAUAUAUUAGAAAAUUAACAUUAUCUUUUUCAAUAAAUCAAGAAAUGUAUUAUAUUCAAGAACUUAUAAAUGAAAUUAAAAAUGACAAAAUAUCUGAAAUAAACAUUUUGAUUGAGAAAGAUUAUUCUCAUCAAAGAUGGCCUCCUACACCAGAUAUUACAAAUUAUAAAAUUUUUGAUGGCUUCAAAAAUCUCGAGAAAAUAAGUUUAUAUGUUGAAGAUUUAAUUGCAACCAAAAGAGACAAAAAAAUAGUUGAUAUUGCUAGUACUAUUAAAGGAAUUACUAUUGAUAUACUUUUCAGAUCAAUUCCAAAAAUUGAAAAAAAUUGUUUAAGAAAUUUUAAAAAUUUAAAAAUAUUUGUGUCUCGUGAUAAUGAGCCUAUUGAAUUACCAUGUAAUGUUGAAUCUUGUAUGAUUAGUGAUUUAAAAUAUUUUCUUACAAAUACAAUAAGUAUUAAAAGAAAAUAUAAAUAUGAUAGAUGCUUGGAAUAUUAUAAAAAACUGAGCUGUUUCAAAAAAGAAUAUGAUAUUGAUGGUUUGAUUGUUGGUACAAUUCUAUUUAAUAAUUUUGCUGAGUUAUAUAAUAUUCAAGUUUAUUUUGACGACAUAUAUAGAAUGCAUAAAUGGUUUGAUUAA